GGCGACUCAGACACCUUUCAGGCAUUUCAGAGUGUGCGCGGCUACGACAUGCUGCUGGAAAUCGGAGUUUCUGUGCAGGCAGACAAGUGUUGUUAAUCUCACGUCUCCUUCAUGACACCCCUAACCCUCAGACUCGUAGGAGGAAUGGCACGAGUUAUCCCCAGGCUGAGGACAUCCUCGCCGUCCAGCACAGCGAGUAUGAGCAGCUCGAGAUCAAAUUCAGACAUUACUACCCCUGACGAGGAGGCGCCGAGCAUCAUUCCCUUGAUUGGAUCGAGCAAGUUUCCCCCAUUGCCACAUGUCAAAAGUAUUCUGAUUACUGGAGGUGCGGGCUUCAUCGGGAGCUGGGUAACGCGGCAUCUCGUCCACCAGUAUCAGGAUCACUACACGGUGGUCUGUUUGGAUAAGAUGGACCCUGUCGCAUCCUGGAACAACAUCUUGGAACUUUUCACAUAUCCCAAUUUUCGGUUUAUUCGGGGCAAUAUCCUUGAUCGGGAGACAGUGCGCUCUGCUCUGGAGUCUUUUCAGGUAGACUGCGUCCUUCACUUUGCUGCUAGCAGCCAUGUGGAACACUCCUUCACCGAUUCGUUCACUUUUACGGAGAACAAUGUCCUCGGGACACAUACUCUCCUGGAUAUAGUUCGCGCAUAUGGCAAAGUCAAUCGAUUUAUUCAUGUUUCUACAGAUGAGGUUUAUGGCGAAACCAAUGGUGUGCCAGCGUCAGAGGAGACGACGCCUCUGGCACCGACGAAUCCAUAUGCCGCCAGUAAAGCUGCUGCAGAGAUGUAUGUGAAAGCAUACCAAAAGAGCUAUGGGCUACCGGCCAUUAUUGUUCGCAGCAAUAACGUCUACGGACCCUGCCAAUACCCCGAAAAGAUCAUCCCCUUGUUUACAAGCUUAAUGCUCAAGGGAGAAAAGCUCACUCUCCAAGGAGACGGGACGAAUGCGCGCCGUUUCCUGCAUAGCGCCGACGCAGCCGACGCUUUCGACGCCAUCCUUCACAAGGGAACAGUGGGCGAGAUCUACAAUGUGGAUUCGGCCUAUGAAGUCCAAAACCGCCAAGUAGCGGCUCACAUACUCGACCUAUUCGGCCACAAAGAUUUUGAUAAGCAUGUUUCUUGGAUCCCGGACCGGCCGUUUAAUGACCACGACUACGCCCUCGAUGGGCAGAAACUCAGAGACCUCGGAUGGACACAACGGGUAGACUUUUCCACCGGUCUAGCUACAACUGUGGAAUGGUACAAGAAGAACUUGACAUACUGGUGGGAUUCUUUCCCAGACGACCAAAAACAUCAUAGACCUUGAGGGAGUUUGCAGUGCAUAUUCCAAGAGGCUUUCUAUUCGCUUUCCGUCACUAUGUUUCGAGCGCACUCGACAUGUAGAAAGGAUAGACAGCGCGAGGAAUAUUUUCCGAUUACUCCUUCUUUUACCUUCUAAUAACCUGCCAUUUAUGCGUGCAUGGCUUUAUAUACCAUGCACAUUGUUAUUUUCACGAAUUUUGCGAUCAUCUUGAAUAUCCGGAGGCCAUUGUUGUUUUUUGACCUUGUCCUGUCCAUAGGGACUCCAGUCAUACUCAUUUACAAUAUAGAUUUUAUCGCAAGCAUGAGUUAUGUACCCGAACAGGGAUAUUUUGUCGACGAAGGACGGUUUUUGACAGAUUUAACCAGUCCUCCCGCAACUGGUGAUUAUUCUUUAGCUUCUUCCAGAAUUGUGAAUGCGUUGUAGAUCUCCUUUCGACGCCUGGCUGCAUUUCAGUUUCCUCGAACGACAAAAAUGGCAUGGCGGAGGCUUCCAUCGUGGUUCUCGAAAGGACAGUUAUAUUCAAAUAUCAUGUCUGUGAGGAGCUGUAGAAUCCGCGGCAGCUCCAUGAAAAAAAGAAGAGAACCCGCGGAAGUCCCUCGGAGAUCGCGGCCAAAGAAGAAGCAGAACUGUACAAAAUCCAAUGCAGGAGCAUAUAAAGGUGCGAGCUGCGACAGGUGCAGACUUAUUUUUGGAGCCCAAGGGAUAUCUCUUUGAAUCACAAUUCAGUUUGUCACUUGGCCAAAAUUUCCUUUCAACUUCCCUGUGCAUGCGAUGCUAAUGGUCACAAUUGUAAGGUCUGGUUGUUGCUGCCAUUCGUCUUGGCGCGGAUCUAGGGCUUUUUCGCUCUUUGGCAGAAAGCGAGUCGCCGUUGACUGUUGGCCAGAUUGCAGAUCCAACAAGGGCAUCUCCUCGCCUUCUGGAAAGAAUUCUCCGUUUCCUAGCCUCGAUGAACGUGACUACAGAAGUGAAUAUGAACAAAUGAAGUACACAGCAAGCAGAAUAAUGUAUGUUCUAGCUGAUCUCAAAGCAGGGGGUGUGAUAUACCACACGUAGGCAAACGGCCUUCCAGUUCAGAGAUAUGGAGUCUUUUUAUACGGGCCCUAGAAU